AUGAACUCAGACAGUUAAAGAAAUUAUGAUUUGUAUGAGAAAAUUGGUCCCAUUUUGAAUAAUCUAAGCAGCAUUAAUAAUAAUUUUGAAUAAUAAAAGAAACAACUGAAUACAUUGAACUAUUCAAUUGAUAAAAUGAAUCUUGAUAUAAAAAAUAGAGAGAUGGACCAAAAAAAUUUAUAAUGGUUAUAUUCUUUAUAAGAAAGAGAAAAUAAACUAUAAAUGGAGAUAUCAUCAAAUGAAGCGAAAAAAGCACAAUUAGAAAGUCUGAAAUAAUAGAAUAUGUUUUAUGAGGAGUAAAUUUAAGUACUAAAAAUUGAGAAUUAAAAAAUGAAAAAUGAAUAUUUAUAAAUACAAUAAAAGAAUGAAAAGUUGAUUAGCUAGCAAGACAUAGCAUUAAAAGAAUCAAUAAAAUAAGUUAAUGAAUAAUUCAUAAACAGAAUAGUUUAAUUAGAAGCACAAUUAUAAAUUAAGUAAAAAGAUGAGGUUGAAAUAAGCGUUAAAACAGCGUCAUUUCUCAAUUAAAUUAAAAUAUUAGAAGCCCAGAAGCAGAUUUUUUAGUAAGAAUGUGAUUAAUUUGAAAUAACAAAAAAGACUUUAGAAAAAGAGAAAGAAAUGUAUAUUCAUGAAUUUCGUUAUUUAAAAGAAAAUUAUAUGAAAAUGCUUGAUAAAUUACAAGAGGAGGUUCACAAAUUAAAAGUUUAAAAUCACACUUUAAAUGAAGACAAUAAAUCAUUAAAAUAAACAGUAGAAUAUUAUAAAAAUAGAUUUUAAGAUAUGAUGGAUUUACAAGAAAUGGCUAGUUUAAAUUAAGAUAAUUCAUUAUUAUCUUUAUUAAAAUCAAAAGGAAUGGCAAACGUAACUAAGUAAGAUUUAGAAUAAGCAAGAGAUUAAGUUGCUCAAGAUAUGGCUGAUUAAAAAGGAUUCUAAUUAACAAAUGCUUGGGACUAAAUUAUGAAUGAUAUCAGUAAAUUAACUUGA